AUGCGUGAAGUCAUCUCUAUCCACAUCGGUCAAGCCGGAGUCCAGAUCGGCAACGCCGCCUGGGAGCUCUACUGCCUCGAGCAUGGUAUCCAGCCGGACGGCAAGCGAAUGUCCGAGGAGAAGCGGGAGGACUCGUUCACCACCUUCUUCAGCGAGACCGGAAAUGGCCGCUACGUCCCGCGGGCUCUGAUGGUCGACCUGGAGCCGACGGUGGUUGACGAGAUCCGAAACGGACACUACAAGCAACUCUUCCACCCGGAGCAGAUGAUCACCGGCAAUGAAGAUGCUGCCAACAACUACGCUCGCGGACACUACACCGUUGGAAAAGAAGUGGUCGACUCCGUUGUGGAUCGUGUCCGUCGUCUCGCUGAGAACUGCCGCGGAUUCCAAGGCUUCCUAUUCUUCCACUCGUUUGGCGGCGGAACCGGCUCGGGAUUCACCUCGCUGCUUAUGGAGCGCCUUUCAACCGAAUACGGCAAGAAGAGCAAGCUCGAGUUUUCGGUCUACCCGGCUCCGCAAGUCUCGACUUCCGUCGUUGAGCCGUACAACAGCAUACUCACUACACACUCGACGCUCGAGCACUCUGAUUGCGCCUUCAUGGUCGACAACGAGGCCAUCUACGACAUUUGUCGACGCAGCCUGGACGUGGAGCGGCCCAGUUACACCAACUUGAACAGGAUCAUCGCACAGGUCGUCUCGUCAAUCACAGCCUCGUUGCGCUUCGACGGAGCCCUCAACGUCGACCUGAACGAAUUCCAAACGAAUCUGGUGCCAUAUCCCCGCAUCCAUUUCCCGUUGGCCAGCUACUCGCCACUGAUCUCUGCAGAAAAGGCCUAUCACGAGGCCAGCUCUGUCAACGACAUCACUUCCGCCUGCUUCGAGACCGGAAAUCAGAUGGUGAAGUGCGACCCCCGCAACGGCAAAUACAUGGCUGUCUGCCUGCUCUACCGUGGCGAUGUCGUGCCAAAAGACGUCAAUGCAGCCAUCACGUCGAUCAAGGCCAAGCGGUCGGUGCAAUUCGUCGACUGGUGCCCAACUGGAUUCAAGGUUGGCAUCAACUAUCAGCCACCAACGGUCGUGCCGGGCGGCGACAUGGCCAAAACUCACCGCGCCGUCUGCAUGCUUUCCAACACCACAGCGAUCGCCGAAGCUUGGUGCCGCCUCGACCAGAAGUUCGACCUCAUGUAUGCCAAGCGCGCCUUCGUCCAUUGGUACGUCGGCGAAGGAAUGGAAGAGGGCGAGUUCACCGAGGCCCGCGAAGACAUGGCCGCUCUGGAGAAGGACUACGAGGAGGUAAUAUAUCCGUUCCUGACGAAACACGAGAAAACUAUCGAAUAUGCCAUGAGCCAGACUGGAUCGUUGGCUUUCCAGCUUGCAAAGCGCACCGCUCAGCAUGUUGCCGUUGCCGUGGUCGGCUCGAUGUCUAAUAUCUCGACGGCGGUCGUCUCGAGCGCAUCCGGCAUCAACAUUGGAGAAGCUGUCGGUCGUCAUUUGACACACAGCCAGCCUACGCAAGCCGCAAGCUCGAAUUUUUCAAUGUCUCGUCUGUUCCGCUUCUCUGACACAGCGGCGAGCGGCGUCACAAAUCGCUCCGUUUUCAUCGAAGAAAUGGACGAUGAUUUCGACGACGAUGAUCAACUUCCUCAGAGCUACGCUAGCACGUCGCGCAAUAGAGUUCCCGACUUGGACACGCUGCUGCGGGCUGAACGCGAGAUCCAGGUGAAACAAGAGGUCGUGGAUGACUUUGAAGAUUUGACCAUCGAUUUCAUGGCCCCAGCUACGGUACCCAAUGUUUUGGCGGCGCCGUCGGAUUCUGGAGACGAGGCAGACUGGGUGGUGCCGCAUACCCGCCGCGUGCUGAGACCUCGUAUUUCGCCCCAACCACUGCCAGUCAUCGUACCGGCCGUCGCCCCGCGCCGCCGAGGACGUCCUCGCAAAAAUGCCAAC